AUGGAAUUAGAUACGCAUACUUCAUGGACACAACUAACAGAAGAAGAUGAUGCUCUCCUUAAUGAAGCCAUUUGUAUGAGUUCAAAUGAACUGAACAAAAUUAUAGACUCUAACAAGGAGGAUGUAUUGAAAGAAAGUAAUCCAGAGACUAAAUCUUGUGUAGCUAAGACGCAUGUUAAUAGUGAACAGGAGAAAAAGGAAGAUGUCAGUUCAAAUGUAGAAGUUGAUAACAUAUCUAAAUUGAGAGGAAAUCAGACAAACAAUGCAACUGGUAUAAAUUGCGAAGAUAAUGUAAAGAAUAAACAACAUGAUGAUGGUUUACGUAAACGAACUAGGGAAAAUCAAAUAAAUAAUGAGGAUGCAAAAGUUUCUCGAACUAGACAUAAUAGUGAUUCAAGCUCCACUACUAAUUCUUCGGAUAGUGGUAAAAGACGGGUAGAAUAUGAAACAGAUCCUAGAGUUUUAGCUCGUAGACAAAAAGAAAUAGAUUAUGGGAAAAAUACUGUUGGAUAUGAUAGAUAUAUUCAAACUGUGCCUAAAGAGAAACGAACAAGAGAGCAUCCAAGAACACCACCAAAAUAUAUUAAAUAUAGUAGAAGAGGAUGGGAUAGCAUGGUAAGAUUGUGGAGGAAACAACUUCAUCAAUGGGAUCCUCCACAAGAUAGCAAUACUGAUUGA